CUUCCCUGCUCCUUGCGGCGGGUACUGUAACGAAUUCGUUGCAAACAUCAACACCUGUAGGUCUUCUGUAACCCUAGCGGCUGGUUCCUCGUUUCUCAGUUACAGGCCGGAACGAAGGGAUUUACCACUCCCAUGGCUGGUAAGAAGAGAGGUUCCGACUCUGUUGACGAAUUAGAAGACCACAUUGAUGCUCUCCCCGAUAAACUUCGCUCGAACCAUUCAAAAAAUUCGAAAAAUGAUGAAACUGAAGAAGCUACGGCAGACGGGAUUGAUACUCCGUCUUCCACACCUAGUUCAAUCAAACCCAUGGAGAGGAGGAAAAGAAGGAAAGCAGUGGAUAAGAAGAGACACCAGACUGAUUCUGAUUGUAGGGAGGUGCCAAAAGCUAUUCGAGCGAGUGCAGAUCUAACAGCUCAUGAGACCUCAGCAUCAUUACCUUCUGCAAGUGGUGGACUACCUGAAUUCCAUAUUAGUGUUUUUAAGGAUCUUGCAGCUGCUGAUUUGUCCAUUAGAGAAGCAGCUGCUGAAGCAUUGGUAACUGAGCUGCGGGAAGUUCAGAAUGCAUUCAGGAAGCUUGGAAAGAAGGGAAAGGAUGAGAGUUGCUUUCAGUUGGAGGCUGAAAAGGAUGAUGGUUUGAAAAACUGUGCCCCUUCUCUUAGAUAUGCCAUUCGUCGGCUAAUUCGUGGUGUUUCUUCCUCGAGAGAGUGUGCAAGACAAGGAUUUGCGUUAGGUUUGACUAUUUUAGUUGGUUCAAUUCCAUGCAUGAAAGUGGAUUCAGUGAUGAAACUAAUAGUUGAGUUAUUAGAGGUCUCUUCGUCGAUGAAGGGUCAGGAAGCAAGGGAUUGUCUUUUGGGUCGCCUGUUUGCCUAUGGUGCUUUGGCUCAAUCUGGACGAAUAGCUGAAGAGUGGAACUGUGAUAAAAAUACACCUAUUGUGAAGGAAUUCACCAGUAGUGUUAUCUCUCUUGCUUCUAAGAAACGGUACUUGCAAGAGCCAGCAUCCUCUGUUAUUUUGGAUUUGAUUGAACAGUUGCCUGCAGAAGCAUUAUUGAGUCAUGUUCUUGAAGCCCCGGGCAUAAAUGAGUGGUUUGUAGGAGCAGUUGAAGUUGGAAAUCCAGAUGCAUUGCUGUUGGCCCUGAAGUUGCGAGAACAGAUUUCUGUGGAUAACAAAAAGUUUUACAAACUUCUGCCAUAUCCUUUCAGUGCUAAUAAGCUGUUCACUACUGACCAUUUAUCCUCCCUUACUACUUGCUUUAAGGAGUCGACUUUCUGCAGGCCUCGAAUUCACAGUGUCUGGCCUGUUUUAGUAAAUAUGCUCUUACCAGACACAGCUUCACAAGAAGAGGAUGCAGCAUUAGGUUCUACUAAGAAGCACAAAAGGAGUCGCAAGUGUAACUCGUCAGAAGAAGACAUUGUGAAAAACCUCCGCUGUUUCUGCGAAGUUGUCAUUGAAGGAUCACUUCUUCUGUCAUCUCAUGAUCGUAAACAAUUGGCCUUGGAUGUUCUGCUUCUCCUCCUCCCAAGGUUGCCUGCAUCGUGUGUGCAGAUUGUACUCUCUCACAAGCUUGUCCACUGUUUGAUGGAUAUCCUUUCAACCAAGGACUCCUGGCUAUUCAAAGUGGCGCAGCAUUUUGUAAAAGAACUAUCAGAUUGGGUUAGACAUGAUGAUGAUCGUCGAGUUGCAGUCAUUGUGGCCCUCCAGAAACACAGUGGUGGGAGAUUUGAUUGCAUCACACGGACAAAAACUGUUAAAGAUUUGGUUACAGAGUUCAAAACUGGAUCAGGUUGCAUGUUAUUUGUCCAAAAUUUAAUGACCAUGUUCGUAGAUGAAGUCCCUGCGGCAGAUGAACCAUCAGAUCAGAGCCAGACAACAGAUGACAACUCAGAAGUGGGUUCAUUGGAGGAUAAGGAAUCUCUGGGAUCAUUGGGCACUCCUGAUUAUUUGAAAAGUUGGGUUAUCGAUUCCCUUCCUCGUGUUUUGAAAUAUCUGAAACUGGAUCCUGAGGCAAAGUUUCGGGUGCAGAAGGAAAUAAUGAAAUUUCUAGCUGUUCAGGGACUCUUCUCUGCGUCUCUUGGCACUGAAGUAACGUCAUUUGAGCUACAGGAGAAGUUCAGAUGGCCAAAAGCAGCCACAUCAAGUUCACUGUGCCAAAUGUGCAUUGAACAGCUCCAGUUAUUAUUGGCAAAUGCUCAAAAAGAGGGAUUACCAUCUGUGUCAACUGGCCUUGAGCCAAAUGAUCUUGGAUCCUAUUUUAUGCGGUUCCUCAAUACGCUGUGCAACAUACCUUCAGUUUCACUCUUUAGGUCCUUGAGUGAUGAGGAUGGGAAAGCAUUCAAGAAAUUACAAGCGAUGGAAACUCGGCUUGCCCAGGAGGAAAGGAACAAUGGACCAGGUUCUGCUGCAAAUAAAUUGCAUGCACUGCGGUAUUUGCUCAUCCAGUUGUUGCUGCAAGUCCUCCUCGGGCAAGGGGAAUUUUCUGAAGCUGCCUCUGAAGUUAUUAUAUGUUGUAAGAAAGCGUUUGGCACUGUUGAUCUUCCUGAGUCAUCAGGAGAAGAAGAUGAAUCAGAUAGUGGUGGGAUGCCAGAGUUGAUGGAUGUCCUCCUUGAUACAUUGCUCUCUUUGUUGCCUCAGUCCUCAGCUCCUAUGCGGUCUGCUGUCGAGCAGGUUUUCAAGCAUUUCUGCAAUGAUGUUACUGAUACUGGACUGAUCCGCAUGUUGCGGGUCAUAAAGAAAGAUCUGAAGCCAGCCCGUCAUCAACCUGUGGACAGCAAAGAUGAUGAUGAUGAUGAUGAUGAAGAUGAUGAAGAUCUUCUUGGGAUUGAAGAAGCUGAGGAAACUGAUGAAGCCGAGGAAGAGGAGACUGGUGAUAGUGAUGAUGAAGCAGAUGACUCUGAAGCAAUGGGUGGAGUUGAGGCAGAUGGAGAAGAACUUUCUGGAGCUUCUGAUGAUUCUGAUGGAGGAAUGGAUGAUGAUGCAAUGUUCCGCAUGGAUUCCUAUCUUGCACAGAUUUUCAAGGAGAAGAGGAACCAGGCUGGAGGCGAAACCGCUCAGUCACAACUUGUACUGUUCAAGCUUCGUGUUCUCUCACUGCUUGAAUUAUAUCUUCAUGAAAACCCAGGUAAGCCACAGGUUUUCACCGUGUUUUCGUACCUGACCCAGGCAUUUGUAAAUCCUCAUACUACAGAAGGUAGUGAACAACUUGAACAGCGUAUUUGGGGAAUCUUGCAAAAGAAAAUAUUUAAGGGUAAAGAGUAUCCGAAGGGUGAACAUAUUCAACAGUCAAACCUUGAAUCUUUGUUGGAGAAGAGCUUGAAAUGGGCCUCAAAACCAUUCAAAAGAAAGAGGUUUGCUGCGAAUCCAUCAAAGAAAAAGCAGUCAGCCAGCUUGGCCCGACACAAAAUGAUUGUUUCUCUUGCGAAGAAUUCAACAUUUUGGAUUUUGAAGAUUUUUCAUGCACAAGAUCCGUCUGAAUCGGAACUGCAGAAGGUUUUGGACAUUUUUCAACAUGUUUUGUUGGGCUACUUUGAUAGUAAGAAGUCUCAGUUAAAAUCCGACUUUGUGAAAGAAGUUUUCCGGCGCCAGCCUUGGAUUGGGAAUCAGCUUUUUGGUUUCCUAUUGGAGAAAUGUGGUAAUGCAAAAUCUGAAUUUCGGAGAGUAGAAGGACUUGAUCUAAUUGAAGAAGUACUGAAGUCAUCGGUUUCAGGAAUAGAAAAUAAAGGUGAAAAGUACAUGUCAAGUAGGAAAUUCUUGAAGGCGCAUAUGGUAUCUUUAUGUGACCUGUUGGAGAAACUACUGAUGAAGAUGCCAGAGAAACAAUCGAGGCGGGCUGGAGUACGUCGAUUCUGUGGUCAGGUCUUGCAUUCAGUAUUGAAGCUUCACCUGAAAAAAUCAUUUAUAGGAUCUCUGACUCCAGAUGCAUAUGCUGCCUGUGAAUCUCAAUUAGGUGAUACCUUUCUUCCUUUCAAGUCACGGGAACAAAGAUAUAUUGGUGUUUCGCUAGAAUCCUCCUAGGCCAUUGUGGAGGCUGUAGUGUAACAUUCUCAAGCUCGGCCCCUUUUAAGAGCAUAAGG